UGCCUCCCUACAAGAUGCUCUCAGGGACUCUUAUACGCACAUGAAGGCUACUUUUCCUCAUUUAGACCGGCAAACAUUCAUGUUGUUGGACUACUGCUGUCGUUGCUGUGGAGUCACACUCAUAAAACGCCAUGGACCCUUCUCCCUCAAGACUACACCCAGCGACACCUUGGUUGUCCUGCAGAAUCUGCUAAUGUGCAUGGUGUGCUUCUACUCUCUCUACUACAUUGUGGUCAGUCUUUGCAUUGGACUCUUCAGGGUUCACGAGAUCAACAGCUUGUUAACGCCAUUUGACUACACAACACAACCGUCAUGGCAGAACCCCAAGUACUUGGUUGGGGUCAUUUCCACAGAAGUGACUUAUGUUUUAGGAGGGCUGGUGUUCGCGUGGAUUGUGGAGGAGUGGGUCUGGGAUUAUGCAAUAACUGUCACGCUGCUGCACGUUGGGAUGACUGUAGCAGUGAUGUCAGAUUUCCCUUCUGCCGAGCAUUGGUGGAUCGCUCUGGGUUCGGGCCUGGUCAUGAUGAUAUUCGGAGGACAGCUCCUGGCCUACAAACUCUUCAGGAACAACUUUGUCUAUCCUGCUGAACUGCAGAACUUCUAAUAAAAACAAGGAAAGCUUUUAACUGGCUUAAUGGGUAAUCCCAGGUCAGAAGUGUGCCAGUCAGUUCUCCUUCCGUUUCACUGUUUAAUCCAUGUUUAUGCUGGUGUAGCAAAGUAAAGCCUUGCGGAUAAGAACAUAAACGUACAUGUAUAUUGUUUGUAUUUCAUAGCAUGGAUUAGGCAGUAGGCUGCUCCGAACUGUUAAAAUAGCUUCACUUUGCCUAUUGAGCGCCACUUUUUUACUUAUUAAAAGUACUAUUUUGUAUUGUCUAUUAUCAAACAUCUUUCAAUCAGCCAACUUUGAGAGAACCAGGUAAUACUUUAUAGCUGAAACAUUUGUAAAUCUAUUGAUAAUUAUUUGCUAAUGCUUAUUUCUGACAUCACUGUACUUGGGAAUAUAACUCAUAACAGACUUACAUUUUGUAAUAAAAAAUAUCAAGUACAUAAAGAGA